GCCAGCCGGAGGAGCCGCGGAGAGGAAGGCGGAGGAGAGAAAAGCCAUCCCGGCUGCGCGCCCGCCUGGCCGGCUUGCAGCAGCAGCAAGAGCAGGAGGCGGGGAGAAGCCGUUGUAGCUGUCGUCUUUGAAGAUGUCCAAUAAUGGCCUAGAAGCAGAAGACAAGCCCCCGGCUCCUCCAAUGAGGAACACCAGCACGAUGAUAGGCAGCGGGAACAAAGAGGCGGGACCCUUGAACCACGGCUCCAAACCUUUGCCUCCUAAUCCGGAAGAGAAGAAGAAGAGGGACCGCUUUUACCGCUCCAUCUUACCGGGAGACAAAACCAACAAGAAGAAGGAGAAAGAGCGCCCUGAGAUCUCACUCCCUUCCGACUUUGAGCACACGAUUCACGUUGGGUUUGAUGCUGUCACAGGCGAAUUCACGGGGAUGCCUGAGCAAUGGGCCCGCUUGCUGCAAACCUCCAACAUCACCAAAUCGGAGCAGAAGAAGAACCCUCAGGCCGUGCUCGACGUCCUAGAGUUCUACAAUUCCAAAAAGACCUCCAAUAGCCAGAAGUAUAUGAGCUUCACAGAUAAAUCUGCAGAAGACUAUAACUCCUCCAACACACUGAAUGUGAAGGCGGUAUCUGAGACCCCCGCCGUCCCCCCUGUGUCAGAGGACGAAGAUGAUGAAGACGAUGCUGCCCCUCCCCCGGUCAUCGCUCCCCGGCCCGAGCACACGAAGUCCAUAUACACCCGGUCGGUGAUCGAACCCCUUCCUCCAGCCCCGACCCGAGACGUGGCCACCUCUCCGAUCCCAUCGCCUUCCGAAAACAGCACGACCCCUCCAGACACGUUGGCGAGGAGUACGGAGAAGCAGAAAAAGAAACCGAAAAUGACAGACGAGGAAAUCUUGGAGAAAUUAAGAGGUAUUGUGAGUGUGGGUGACCCCAAGAAGAAAUAUACAAGUUUUGAGAAGAUCGGGCAAGGAGCUUCAGGGACAGUUUACACGGCGAUCGAUGUAGCUACAGGACAGGAAGUUGCAAUUAAGCAGAUGAACUUGCAGCAACAGCCCAAGAAGGAGCUGAUAAUUAAUGAAAUUCUCGUCAUGAGGGAAAACAAGAACCCCAACAUUGUCAACUAUCUGGACAGUUACCUUGUGGGGGAUGAAUUGUGGGUAGUCAUGGAGUAUUUGGCAGGCGGUUCCUUGACAGACGUGGUGACAGAGACCUGCAUGGAUGAAGGGCAGAUUGCCGCCGUGUGCCGGGAGUGUCUGCAGGCCUUGGAAUUCCUCCAUGCCAACCAAGUCAUCCACAGGGACAUCAAGAGUGACAAUAUCUUGCUGGGGAUGGAUGGGUCUGUCAAGCUAACCGAUUUCGGCUUCUGUGCUCAGAUCACUCCCGAGCAAAGCAAGCGCAGCACCAUGGUUGGGACGCCAUAUUGGAUGGCGCCCGAGGUGGUGACGAGAAAAGCCUAUGGGCCCAAAGUGGACAUCUGGUCUCUGGGGAUAAUGGCCAUUGAAAUGAUAGAGGGGGAACCUCCGUACCUCAACGAAAAUCCACUGAGGGCUUUAUAUCUUAUUGCUACCAACGGGACCCCCGAGCUGCAGAACCCAGAGAAGCUUUCGCCCAUCUUUAGAGACUUCCUUAAUCGCUGCCUCGAGAUGGAUGUGGAGAAGAGGGGGUCUGCGAAAGAGCUCCUCCAGCACCAGUUUCUCAAAAUCGCCAAGCCCCUCUCCAGCCUCACUCCUCUGAUCAUCGCGGCGAAGGAGGCAGCGAAGAACAACCACUGAUGUCCUCCAUGGGGCCGCCGUCGCCGUUCCAAACCCUCUUGGCUUUUAACUUUCCCCGAAAACACCUGUUUCAUAGAGCCCGGCUCUCCCCCGACUUUUAUGGCCGUGCUCCGAAGCUUUUCAUCGUUCAAGAUCGGGACCGCGGCGUCGACGUGCACCUGAAACUCAAAAGCAGACAUCUGGAGGCGGAGGCAGGUGUCGCCCUCAAAACUGGGACCUCCCACAUGGAAUGGAUGUGUGGGGCGGAAUUUGUAUGUUUGAAAGGGCCAUUAAGGGGCUGUCUGAUCUCGGACAAAAUAAGUUGCCAAGCCAGUAUGUUUUCAUAUCUUUUAGUGUGUUGUUGAAUUUAAGAAGAGAGGAAAACAUGAUUCCAUGCAACCUUUUAGGACAAUUGAAGGAAUUGAAUUUCUCACUGCCUGUGUUUUCUUUUACCUCUGCGAAAAGCCCCCCUGUUCGCAAGACUACUGAGAGACGGGCAUAGUUUGGAUUACGUGAAAACUAGCACAGGGAGUGUUUUUCUUUUAAAAAAAAUAAUCUCAAGGGAAAUGGAAUUUCUUCCACUGAACCAGAAACGAGCAUCCUGUGUCUGUUGGAAGAUGGCAGUUAAUGAAUGUUCAUCAUGCUGUGUGUAUGGGGGCUGGAUGGUGGUGGGGUUUUUGUGUGUGUGUGUGAAACUUAAUUGCCCUCUGAUUAAAUUCUCGUCCUUGUUUCCACCCUUCUGA